GUACCUGAUCGGAUAGCUGCAGCUCGUUCCAGAAACAUCCCUGUGGUGUGAUUGAAACCCGCUGGCUUACAGGUUCUAUGUGCAUGGCUGAAGUGGGUGCUGCUGUCUAAAUUUCUGUGGUCAUGGCUCCGAAAUACAAAAAAGCUUGGGAUUGCCGCCGCCGCUGCAGAGUCCCAGCCAGGCAAGCACCGCUCCGUUUCUUCUGAACGCCAGUCACCUGCCGGGGGACACGCAGCGUCUCUGGAGGAUCCGGUUUUUCAGUGGCGGGAGAGGAGCGCCGUCAUUGUAACCGUUUCAAUGAAGCAGCUCAAGUUCUCAUGCCACUGCCAGCUUUUCUGGAAGCCGUUCUCCAGGAGGGAAGUGCGCACUUGAACCCCAGACAUGGUGGUCCAUCCGGCGGGGAUUUAAGUCCAGGCGCUCUUCCACCAUGACCAGCCUGAAGCGGUCGCAGACGGAAAGGCCCGUGGCCAGCGAGCGGGCCUCAGGGGUGGGCGCAGAUGGAGCUCCCAAAGUCCACACAGACGACUUCUACAUGCGGCGCUUCAGGUCCCAGAACGGCAGCUUAGGAUCCUCCGUCAUGGCGCCCGUUGGGCCCCCUCGCAGUGAAGGCCCUCACCACAUCACCUCCACCCCCGGAGUCCCAAAGAUGGGGGUUAGGGCGAGGAUCGCAGAUUGGCCCCCCAGGAAGGACAACGUGAAAGAAGCCAGCCGUUCGAGCCAGGACAUGGAAACCUCCAGUUGCCUUGAGAGCAUGUCCUCCACAAGCAGCCCUGUGAGUCAGGGAAGCUCAGUGAGCCUCAAUUCCAAUGACUCAGCCAUGCUCAGAAGCAUCCAGAACACGCUCGGCAGCAAGGCGCGGCCGGCGGAGAGCAUGGACUCCCGGUUCCUCAUGCCCGAAGCCUACCCCAGCUCCCCGCGGAAAGCCCUGCGCAGGAUCCGGCAGCGGAGCAACAGCGACAUCACCAUCAGCGAGCUUGACGUGGACAGCUUUGAUGAGUGCGUCUCCCCCACCUACAAGACGGGGCCGUCCCUGCACAGGGAGUAUGGCAGCACCUCCUCCAUCGACAAGCAGGGGACGUCCGGGGAAAGCUUCUUCGACUUGUUCAAGGGCUACAAGGAUGACAAAUCCGACCGAGGUCCAACCCCGACCAAGCUCAGUGACUUCCUCAUCGCCGGGGGGAGCAAGGGGUCCGGCUUCUCCCUGGAUGUUAUCGAUGGGCCCAUCUCCCAGAGGGACAACCUCAGGCUCUUUAAGGAACGGGAGAAGCCCCUGAAGCGGCGUUCCAAGUCGGAAACCGGGGACUCGUCCAUUUUCCGUAAACUGCGCAAUGCCAAAGGGGAGGAGCUCGGGAAGUCAUCGGACCUGGAUGACAACCGCUCCGAAGACUUGGUCAGGCCCUGGACAUGCCCAAAGUGCUUUGCCCACUACGAUGUCCAGAGUAUAUUAUUUGACCUGAACGAGGCCAUCAUGAACAGGCACAAUGUCAUUAAGAGGAGAAACACCACCACGGGCGCCUCGGCCGCCGCCGUGGCCUCCCUGGUCUCGGGCCCUUUGUCCCACUCGGCCAGCUUCAGCUCCCCCAUGGGCAGCACAGAGGACCUGAAUUCCAAAGGCAGCCUCGGGAUGGACCAGGGCGACGAUAAGAGCAACGAACUGGUCAUGAGCUGCCCCUACUUCCGCAAUGAGAUUGGUGGGGAAGGGGAAAGGAAGAUCAGCCUGUCGAAGUCAAGCUCUGGUUCUUUCAGUGGGUGUGAAAGUGCCUCCUUCGAGUCGACCCUCAGCUCCCAUUGCACCAAUGCCGGCGUGGCGGUCCUUGAAGUCCCCAAGGAGAGCCUGGUAUUGCACCUGGACAGAGUGAAAAGGUACAUCGUGGAGCAUGUGGAUCUCGGUGCAUACUAUUAUAGGAAAUUCUUCUAUCAGAAGGAACACUGGAACUAUUUCGGGGCUGAUGAGAAUCUUGGUCCGGUGGCUGUGAGCAUUCGAAGGGAAAAGCCAGAAGAAAUGAAAGAAAAUGGAUCUCCGUACAAUUACCGGAUCAUUUUUAGAACAAGUGAGCUCAUGACACUGAGGGGAUCAGUCUUGGAGGAUGCCAUCCCCUCAACCGCCAAGCACUCCUCGGCCAGAGGCCUUCCCCUGAAGGAAGUGCUGGAGCAUGUGAUUCCCGAGCUCAAUGUGCAUUGCCUGCGCUUGGCCUUCAACACCCCCAAGGUCACGGAGCAGCUCAUGAAGCUGGAUGAACAAGGGCUGAACUAUCAGCAGAAGGUCGGCAUCAUGUACUGCAGAGCCGGGCAGAGCACCGAGGAGGAGAUGUACAACAACGAAUCCGCCAGCUCAGCCUUUGAGGAGUUCCUGCAGCUGCUGGGGGAACGCAUUCGACUCAAAGGCUUCGAGAAAUACCGGGCCCAGCUCGACACCAAGACGGACUCCACUGGAACCCACUCUCUGUACACAACCUACAAAGACUAUGAAAUUAUGUUCCACGUUUCCACCAUGCUGCCCUACACGCCUAACAACAAGCAACAGCUCCUCCGCAAGCGGCACAUUGGGAAUGAUAUCGUCACAAUAGUUUUCCAGGAACCUGGAGCGCAGCCAUUCAGCCCGAAAAACAUCCGCUCUCACUUUCAGCACGUGUUCGUCAUCGUCAGGGUCCACAGCCCCUGCACAGACGGUGUGUGUUACAGUGUGGCAGUCACCAGGUCCAGAGAUGUGCCUUCCUUUGGGCCACCCAUCCCCAAAGGAGUCACGUUCCCUAAAUCAAAUGUAUUCAGGGACUUCCUUUUGGCCAAAGUGAUUAAUGCAGAAAACGCGGCUCAUAAAUCUGAAAAGUUCCGGGCCAUGGCAACCCGGACCCGCCAGGAAUACCUGAAAGACCUGGCAGAAAAGAAUGUCACCAACACCCCCAUCGAUCCUUCUGGCAAGUUCCCGUUCAUCUCUUUGGCCUCUAAGAAGAAGGAAAAGUCCAAGCCGUAUCCAGGAGCUGAGCUCAGUAGCAUGGGUGCCCUUGUGUGGGCAGUCCGGGCCAAAGACUACAACCAGGCGAUGGAAAUAGACUGUCUCUUGGGAAUCUCCAAUGAGUUCAUUGUUCUCAUCGAGCAGGAAACAAAGAGCGUGGUUUUCAACUGCUCCUGCCGAGAUGUGAUAGGAUGGACCUCCACCGACGCCAGCCUCAAAAUCUUCUACGAGCGAGGAGAAUGUGUUUCCAUGGAGAGUUUCCUCAGCAACGAGGAUAUCAAAGAGAUUGUCAAGCGGUUACAGGGCAUCGUGGCUGACGUGGAGCCCUACGGCUAUGCCUGGCAGGCAGGCCUGAGGCAGGGCAGCCGGCUGGUGGAGAUCUGCAAAGUGGCCGUGGCCACUCUGAGCCACGAGCAGAUGAUUGACCUCCUGAGAACGUCGGUCACGGUGAAGGUGGUCAUCAUCCCCCCCCAUGAAGACUGCACCCCUCGGAGGAGUUGCUCUGAAGCCUACCGCAUGCCAGUGGCGGAAUACAAGAUGAACGAAGGGGUUUCCUACGAAUUCAAAUUUCCUUUCCGAAAUAACAACAAAUGGCAGAGGAGUGCCAGUAAGGGGCCGCACUCGCCUCAGGCCCCCUCCCAAGUGCAGAGCCCCAUGACCGCUCGGCUGAACGCUGGGAAAGGAGACGGGAAGAUGCCUCCCCCGGAAAGAGCCGCCAACAUUCCGAGAAGCAUCUCCAGUGAUGGGCGUCCCCUGGAGAGACGGCUGUCUCCUGGUUCGGACAUCUAUGUGACGGUCUCGUCCAUUGCUUUAGCAAGAUCCCAGCAGUGCCGUAACUCCCCUAGCAACCUGUCUUCAUCCAGCGAGACUGGCUCUGGUGGGGGCACUUACAGACAGAAGUCCAUGCCCGAAGGGUUCGGAGUGAGCCGCAGGUCCCCGGCCUCCAUCGACCGGCAGAACACGCAGUCAGACCUCAGUGGCAGCGGGAAAUCCACGCCCAGCUGGCAAAGGGGCGAAGACAGCAUUGCUGACCAGAUGGCUUACAGUUAUAGAGGACUUCAGGAUUUCAAUUCUUUUGUCCUCGAGCAGCAUGAAUACACAGAGCCGACGUGCCACCUCCCCGCAGUAUCAAAGGUGCUGCCGGCUUUCCGAGAGAGCCCCAGUGGGAGACUGACGCGGCAGGACCCAGUGGUGCACUUGUCUCCAAACAGGCAAGGCCAUUCUGAUAGCCACUACUCGAGCCACUCCAGUAGCAAUACCCUCUCCAGCAACGCGUCGAGCGCCCACAGUGACGACAAGUGGUAUGAUGGGGACCACCCUGAGUCUGAACUCAGCAGCUGUAACUAUCUGCAGGGCACCUCUGCGGACAGCGGCAUCGACACCACCUCCUACGGCCCCAGCCACAGCAGCACAGCCUCGCUCGGGGCUGCCACGGCGUCCCCGCGCUCCGGGCCCGGCAAGGAGAAAGUGGCCCCCCUGUGGCACAGCUCCAGUGAAGUGAUCUCCCUGGCAGACCGGACUUUAGAGGCAGAGAGCCACGGCCUGGACCAGAAAGCAGAGUCUUCCCUGAGCUUGGAUAUCCACAGCAAGAGCCAGCUGGGCGCGGGUCCUCUGACGCGGGAGAACAGCACUUUCAGCAUCAACGAUGCCGCUUCCCACACAAGUACCAUGAGCUCCCGACACUCUGCCAGCCCGGUGGUUUUCAGCAGUGCCAGGAGCUCCCCCAAAGAAGAGCUCCAUCCGGCCAGCUCCUCGCAGCUGGCGCCCUCCUUCUCCUCCUCCUCCUCGUCCUCCUCCUCCGGCCUGAGGACGUUCUACCCGCGCCAGGGUGCCACGAGCAAGUACCUGAUUGGAUGGAAGAAACCCGAGGGGACCAUCAACUCCGUGGGAUUUAUGGACACGAGAAAGCGUCAUCAGAGCGAUGGCAGUGAGAUGGCCCACACCCGCCUGCAGGCCUCCACCAGGGACCUGCGGGCAUCCCCGCAGCCAACGUCCAAGUCCACUGUCCAGGAGGGCCUCAAGAAACUGAUGGACCUGGAAAGCCCAACCCCUGAGUCACAGAAGAAUUUUAAGGUACGUCCCGGAGGGCCGGGGUCCCGGGCGCACACGCACGCACGCUCAGAGAAGUCCAGACCUGUAGGGGAAUUCUCGGCCUCCGACAGCUCCCUCACUGACAUGCAGGAGACCCGACGGCAGCCCAUGCCCGACCCCGGCCUGAUGCCCUUGCCCGAUGCAGCUGCAGAUCUGGACUGGUCCAACUUGGUGGAUGCAGCCAAAGCCUAUGAGGUCCAGAGAGCCUCGUUCUUUGCUGCUAAUGAUGAAAACCACCGGCCCCUGAGUGCUGCGUCCAACAGUGAUCAGCUUGAGGACCAGACUCUGGCCCAGAUGAAGUCUUACAGCAGCAGUAAAGAUUCCUCUCCCACUCUGGCUUCUAAAGUGGACCAACUGGAAGGUAUGCUGAAGCUGCUCCGGGAAGAUCUCAAGAAGGAAAAAGAAGACAAAGCCCACCUUCAGGCCGAAGUUCAGCACUUGCGUGAGGACAACCUGAGGCUGCAAGAGGAGUCCCAGAAUGCCUCCGACAAGCUGAAGAAGUUCACGGAAUGGGUCUUCAAUACGAUAGACAUGAGCUAGAGGCGGCAGAGGAGGGGGCUGUAGGGAGUGCUCACCCUCACCCGGGCUUGGCAGCCCCCUGGUUCUGGUCACUGAACGCUUUCUCAGAGCACCUCCUCCACCAGGGGAGGGGAGGGUGCACAACCCAAUUGCAGAUGAACAAUCAUUAUCUGCCUUUUGUA